GCAAAAUAAUAUGGACUGUAGAUGCUGCAGUGCUCCACUCCAUUCAGAGACAGACAGCGCUCGGUUCAUCAGUUGCAUUGCGUUCAUCUGCUGCCCCAGCUCGUGCUCUCUCCCAGUCCCAGUCCCUCGCAAGCUGACCUCUGCGUUCCUUCAGCACUGGCACUGGCAGUGAGGCGCUGUGCUGCUCCAGUAGCUGUAGCUGUAAGCCCUGUUGCCAGUUCGUGAAGAAAGGGAGCAAAUCUGGGGUGCCUGCAGGAGGGGGUGGAAGAGGGGAGAGGCAUUGGCAUCCAGUGCUUGCUUGCUUGCUUGCCAGGGGGUGAAAAGAACCGGCGGUCUACCACUCAGAUCCGUCCCCUGUGCAGUGCAGGAUUGGACAUUUUUUUUUCUGGUCGCCAGUAGCUAUCUCCAAUAACUAUACCUCGUUGCUGCGAGUUCCCAAGUUCGUUGCUGCCUUCGUUUUGCUGGCUCAGGCUCCCUGCGUAACUGCAUUCAGAGCUUAGAAAUCUUUUCUUCCAGAUUCUAGAUGUGUGGGUGAUUACCAAGAGGCUGGAGACUCCCACUCUCUUCGGUUCCAGCUCGAGGUCGAGAAAAGGUUUCUUUCGCCGUUUCUGAUCAUUUGCUCAUCAUUUCUGGCCUCGCUGCCAUCGGUUGCGCAGUAGAAAGCUGGCAAUCAUCAGAAGAAUUCCAAGAGAGAGGAGGAGGAGAAUUCUCUCUGUGUGUGGCAAGCUAGAGCUAGCAAGCGUAAGUAAGUAAGGUUCAAGGAUGGGUCGAGGGAGUUGCGGUUGCAGGCAUCCUCUGCUCGCCGUCUUGCUGCCGUUGCUGCUAGUGCUAGCAAUGGUGCCCGAGUCGGCGCAGCUGCAGUCGUCGCAGACGUGGUCGCUGCUCAAGAUCCAGCAGCUGCUCAGCUACCCGCCGGUGCUCCGCACCUGGGGCAACGGCACCGACUUCUGCUACGGCGGGGACUACAAGACCGCCUCCGCCUUCGUCGAGUGCUACGGCGACAGCGUGACGCAGCUCCACAUCAUGGGCCCCGGCGGCGCCCCGCCGCUGCCCAAGACGUUCAACCUGGACGCCCUCUUCACGACGCUGACGAGGCUCCCCGACCUCCGGGUGCUGACGCUCACCGGGCUCGGCCUCUGGGGCCCGCUGCCGGGGAAGGUGUCGCGGCUGGCGUCGCUGGAGAUCGUCAACGUCAGCGGCAACUACCUCUACGGGCAGCUCCCGGAGGGGCUAUCCCGGCUGGGCGGCCUCCAGACGUUCAUCGCCGACGACAACAUGCUCUCCGGCGAGCUGCCCGGGUGGCUCGGGAGGCUGGCGUCGCUGGCCGUGCUCAGCCUCCGGAACAACUCGCUGCAGGGCGCGGUGCCGGAGUCCGUCCGGGACAUGGGGUCGCUGCGGUCGCUGGCGCUCGCGUGCAACAACCUCUCCGGCCAGGUGCCGGACCUGAGCGCGCUGACGAACCUGCAGGCGGUGGACCUCUCCAACAACUCGCUUGGCCCGGCGUUCCCGCGCCUGGGGCGGAAGGUGGCCAGCGUCGUGCUCAGCGGCAACCGCUUCGGCAACGGGGUCCCCGCCGAGGAGGUCGCCUCGCUCUACCUCCUGGAGCGCCUGGACGUGUCGAGGAACCGGUUCGUCGGCCCGCUCCCGCCGGCGCUGCUCGCGCUCCCGUCCAUCGAGUACCUCAGCGUCGCCGGAAACCGCUUCACGGGCCUGCUCGCCGCCAACAUGUCCUGCGGCGAGAACCUCCGGUUCGUGGACGUGUCGUCGAACCUCCUGACGGGGACGCUCCCGUCGUGCCUGAAGACGCUCCCGUCGUCCUCCAACUCCAAGCAGGUGACGGUCCUGGCGGCGUCCAACUGCCUGUCCGGCGGCGCCGGCAGCACGCAGCACCCGGCCCUGUUCUGCCAGAACCAGGCGCUGGCCGUGGGCAUCGUGCCCGUGCAGGCGCGGGGCGGCGGCAAGGCCAAGGGCAAGGCCGGAGCCGUGGCCGGCGCCGUGGCGGCCGCGCUGGCCGCCGCGCUGCUCGCCGGCGUGGCCGCGUUCCUCUUCGCGCGGAGGGCGGCCGUGAGGCGCGCCAAGGCCAGGCCGCCCCGGCGGCUGGUGGAGCACGCGGCGUCGUCCAUGUCGGUCGGCGGCGGCGGCGCGUACCCGUCGCAGCUGUUCGCCGACGCGCGGUACAUCUCGCAGACGGUGAAGCUGGGCGCGCUGGGCGUCCCCGCGUACCGGUCCUUCUCGCUGGUGGAGCUGGAGGCGGCGACCAACGACUUCGAGGUGUCGCGCCUGAUGGGGCAGGACGCGCACGGGCAGAUGUACCGGGGCACGCUCGGCAACGGCACGGCGGUGACGAUCCGGUCGCUGCGGGUGCGGCGCAGCCAGACGUCGCAGGCGUUCAACCGGCACGUGGAGAUGAUCUCCAGGCUGCGGCACCGGCACCUGGUGAGCGCCCUGGGGCACUGCUUCGAGUGCAGCCCCGACGACGCCACCGUCACGCGGCUGUACCUCGUGUUCGAGUACGUGCACAACGGGAACCUCAGGAGCAGGAUCUCGCAGGGAACCGAAGGGAGGAAGCUGCCAUGGGUGCAGAGGAUCUCGGCGGCCAUCGGCGUGGCCAAGGGCAUCCAGUUCCUGCACGGGGGCAUCAUGCCGGGCCUCUUCGCCAACAACCUCAAGAUCACCAACAUCCUCCUGGACCAGAACCUCGUCGCCAAGAUCGGCAGCUACAACAUCCCUAUCCUCGCCGAGACCGCCAAAUCCGAGGGAGGAGGAGGAGGAGGAGGAAGCAAGUAUCCAUCUGACAGCAGGGUGCCCCCCAAUGGCGACAAGAUCGACAUCUACGAUUUCGGCGUGAUCCUGCUCGAGGUCGUGACCGGGAGGCCCAUCACGUCCAUACACGAGGUGGAGGUCAUGAAGGAGCAGCUGCAGUCGGCGCUGACGUCGGAGAGCCCGGGGCGGCGGAGGGCGCUGGUGGACCAGGCGGUGAGCCGGGCGUGCUCCGACGAGUCGGCGCGGACGGUGAUGGAGAUCUGCCUGCGCUGCCUGGCCAAGGAGGCGGAGCAGCGGCCGUCGGUGGAGGACGUGCUGUGGAACCUGCAGUUCGCGGCGCAGGUGCAGGACGACUGGCGCGGGGACUCGCGGAGCAGCGCCAGCGAGGAGUCGCCGCUGUCGCCGUCGCAGAUCCCGCCGCGGAGGGACAGGGAGACCAGCGCCUGGUAAUAAGCCAAGCCCGCUCUAGGUGACUGUUGUUGGGCGAUCCGAUUAGGCGGCGAGGCAGGCAUGCAUCAAGUGAGAUUUCGUUGGUAAACAAGUGUACAGCAGCUGCAGGCUGCAGCUGAAGCUGGAAACCCACCACAGGAUGUGUACAGCUCUUUGCUUCGGCCUACUAGUACUAGCACUGCUUUAUUUUAUUUUUUUCAAUGCGUCUUUGCCACCUCAUUGAUUCACCUACUAUAUGGAUCGUUUGACUAUGUGUAAGCACAACUGUAUUUGGCGUCAAUCUUACCAGAGGUCUCAGUUGUAGGACCAAGCGUGACUUGACUCGCUGUUGCAGCACAUUUGGCUCUUUGCAUGGCACGAUGGCAUCACAGUCACAGAGUCAGAAGGCCAAACAGGCACACUGGCAAACUACUGUGGAUUAGUGAGUGCACUGCUCUCCAACAGUUCGAUGUAAUGCAGCUGCUCUGCCCUUCUCCAGACAGCUAUGGCGGACAGCAACCGCAAUCCUUAAAUCCUGAAAGAUGCCUGCCGCUGGUCCUGUCCUCCAGCACAGAUAGUCAUCAUUGCGUACGUCCCCAAUGCGAGAAUCGUGACAUAUCUCGUUCUCGGCCUAUAUCGUUGCCCACCGUCCACGGUCCACCAUGAUCAGAUGAUCUUC